AUGGCGGAAAAAAUUAGUAGUUCUGAUAGUGGCGCGGGAAAGUUGACACAAUUACCUGUAGCACGAAUUAAAACGAUCAUGAAAAGUUCCCCUGAUCUGCCACAUUUUAGCCAAGAAUCCGUAUUUCUCGUCACUAAAGCUACGGUAAGUUUUCUUUAGAUCAGAUCACUCAAACUUAAUUUACACUCCUGGAUGACGAGUAAUUAAAGCUGAGACUUGGCAGAGCAAGGAUCCAUAAUUCAUCUUUUAUCAGAGUCGUCAGCUGGGCAAGUAAACCUGAUGGCAUACUUGCCCGAUUACAAUUUGGGUUGCCUGGACAAAACUGUGGAAUGGAAAGAAUGGUGAUAAAAUUAUUUGCAACUUGAACAUUUCUUAUUUGCAUUUUGCACUGUAAUUAGGCUGGCAUAGCUGGUGGUUUUUUGGUUUGUGUUUCUGCCCAGAGUGUGUUCAAAAGACACCCAUGCAUAAGGUCAGGUUCAGCUUUCGUGCAGCUGUCUCUAGUACUUGACUCACAAAUGAAAAACACAUCAAGAAAACUGCCGGCUACACAGGCUACAUACACUGUCAACAGGUCUGAGGCAAAACAAAUAUUUAACAAUUAUUCCUCGAGCCUGAAUGGGCUCUGAGUCAAUAGCCCAUGAGGCCGAAGGCCGAAUGGGCUAUUGACUCAGAGGCCAUAAGGGCGAGAGGAAUAAUUGUUUUAGUAAACUCCAGCUAGUUGGUCAAGAAUAAAAAACUUUUAGCUAGUUAAAGCUAGACUUUAAUCCUUUUUUGCCGCCAAAAAUUCCACGCUUUUUGCUGCUAGUGGGCUAUAACAUAUAGCCUAGUAGCGGCUCAACCAAUCAGAACGCAGCAUUGAUAAUAGACCACUAGUCGGAUUUUACUUAAUAGAUUUAGCCAGUACUAAAAGCAAUGCUCUCAUACUUAUAAGCAAAAAAUAAAAUCAUGUAAUGUUAAACGGCGAUGGCAAUGAGAACUGCAACAAAAACAAUAGAUCUAAUUAGAUUCUAAUUAGAGAAAAACAAAUUUGCAUGUGCAGCACACUUUUUUGUACGUUUCUUUGCUGUUGUUUUAAAAUCUUACUCCAUUCAUCUAUAGAUAACACAUAUAACUUGCUAAAGCGAGGUUUUAUUUUGAAUUAACAUUUGAUUUGUUUUGCUUGCAGGAAUUAUUUAUAAAUUAUCUAGCCGCCUCUGCCUAUAAAAAAGAAAGUGAUACUAAGAAUCUGUCAUAUAAAGGCCUUUGUAAGUAUGUUAUUAAAUAAAUGUUUUUAAAUCAUUCUGAAACAUUGCACCACUUAAAUUAUAAGUAAUUUUUUAUUCUUUUCUGGACUCCAGCCAAUAAGCAUGCAAGAAUUGCUUAGUAUAGAUUUUAAGUAGUUAUGGUUGGUGUUAAACACAUCUUGUUAGGAAGGAGGCUUUUUUAUUGGCUCUUAAGAAAGAGUUAUUUUGUUUCAGGGGUUGGGAGUUAUUUUUAAUAACAAUAUUUAAGCAAAUGUGUGCUAUCACUGUAAAAGUAAUAUUUUCACAUCAAAUCUUUUGUAUCAGUUUCAACCACUUACAGUCUCCAGAACUUUGCAGAACUCCAAACACUAAUGACACUAAGCUGGAUUUAUCAUCUUUUAUUACAGCAAAGGUUGUUGAAGAUGAUGAAGCUCUUCAGUUCUUGGGAGGUAAACACUCUUUGCAUGUUGUCCAAAAAUGGAUUCUAAAACUCUAGGUGACAGUCAAACAGGAAGCCUUGCCGUGUUAUUUAGGUGCUGAUCAAGGAGAAAGAUAGCCUGAGAAAACGGCCAACAUCUCGCGAGGCCAUCAAAGUGGUUUUCUCACAAUUUACAUCUGAGGAACAAACACAGAAAUUCGUCUUUGAUGCCGUAACACUACCCAGAUCUAGGUUGUUCUCCUGAUUGGCUGAAAAUUUGCUUCAACCAAUAAGAAGUACUACCCAGAUCUUGGUAGUGAUGCUUUAUCAGUGUGGAAUUUCUAUGCUCGUUUCUCAACAUCACUUUGCUGGGUAACCAGUGGUGGCAUUGCAAAAUAUUAACUUUUUUCUCAGGCUAGGAAAAAGAGGGUCCAGGGUCAUGCAUCUGCAGAAAAUCUUGAAAUUUUUAUCUGCUAAAAGUCCUUUACAUUGUCAAUAUUCUGUAACAUAAACUGGUGUGGAUUUUCACCUGCUAUUAAAAUGCAGUAUAGAUGGGGCUUAAUUUUAUAAAUGGGGGACAAGAGGUCUAGUGGUAGGGGAUAAAAACAUUUUGGCCAACAAAUUAUACCUUUGAGAGAGGUCCAAAUUUUUGUUUUUGAAAGCUGUCACAGUUUAACAUUGGUCUUUGUACGCAUCAUUUUACUGGUACCACGCCCUUGAUCCUUUCCCUCCCACUGACAUAGUAACUUACUUAUUGCUUUUCCUUCACUAGACAUUGUACCACCUAAGGUGUUAGUGAAAGAUUUCAUGGAAUCGAUGAAGAAGAAAUCAAAGAAAGCAUCUAUUCAAGUGGACAGUUCAAGCUCUGACUCGGAGUCAUAA